AAUUUUGACGCCGUGCCAACCCUCUCACACCAUGCCUAGAUAGCUACCAGAACCAAACGUCUGCUCCGAGUAUCUGGGUGGCCUAGAAACGCGGGCUUACUAAGACAACGUCGCAGCUAGACCAGCACACGAGUCGUGUGCAUGGACGCACAAUGCACAUCACAGCAAUAUGGCUUUUUGUUCUCUCUUUUUCCGUUACUGAUCUCGAAACCCCCUGCUCCCCUGUUCCCCUUCCAUUCUUGUCCUGAUUGAUCCCUGCCAAAUGGCCAGGUACCACUCAGUUACACUUGUCUAAUGGCGACCUCCAAAGACGGAGCUCCAGGGCUGUCACUCAUUUGAAUGCUAUAUGAGUACGCAUCCCAGUCCGCGCCCCCCCACGCACCAAUUGAUCUCCCAGCGAUUCCCUUGGCCACUGCAAUGACCAAGAAUCCAAGUCCUCCAGCAGGAACUCAUUUGCUCUACCUCGGGACGUCCGGCCUGAAAUGGAGAAACUGUGCUGGAGCUAAAUAUGGAGCUACGGUAGCUUGGGAGCUGGAGAGAGAAAUGACGUCAAGUGCGGGACACAGCUCGGGGACAGCUGCUGUGUGUGCUAUGCCUCAGUUGCUGCGGGUGGCUUUUCCCCUGAUGCUUGGCGCAGCAUGGCGGCUCCCCCACAAAGCCAGAACCAGACUGCCGAACACAUGAGCACUGCUCGACAGUGACCACACCUGGCAAAGGACAUGCCUAGAACGGGACGAAAAGAUUCAUGACAGGGAGAUUCGGACCAUGA